UUUAUCCUUAUAGAAAAUAAUGAAUAAUUUGAAUUUAUAUCUCCAUACCUAAACGACCUUUCAAUUUUUCAUUGUCUAAAUACGUCUUUAUAAAUGGAAUAGACAUUCGUUGGAUACAGUAUAAAUAUUUACGAUUAUUGCAUCCUAAGUCUGUUCUUAUGAUAACUACUCUCAUAAGGAGACCAAUUAAAAUAAUCUGCCACAUAAAAUACCUAAUCUAAUGAUAAAAUCGAGAAAAGUAUUGUUUUCGGAAAUGAAAAUACUCUUUCUUAUCUGUAUUACUUGUGCUGCAAUAAACUACGUACAUUUGGAGGAAUUAUGUAAUAUUCCAGAUGGAUUGUUAAAAUAUUUGUGUACCAUUCAUAAUGAAGAGGAGAAUAUAGCUCCAAGAGUUAGAGAGAAGAGAGAAGGAGGUUAUAUAAGAUUUGGAAGAUCGCCUAUUGAUUGGAAACUUAGGCAAAAAAGAGAUAUAAAUGAAGAGAAGAGCUUACCCCGAAACCAGGAAUCCAUGAACCAAAGAGAACAACAACAUAUAGAGGAGAAUAAACAAUUAGAUCCAGAAUUAGAAAGUGCUAUAGAAAUACUUCGACUGUACGAAGUAUUAGGGUCCCUUAACAAAAAGAGGCUUAUUAAGUUUGGUAAGAGAUUCAUGAGGUUUGGUAAACGUGAUGAUGCUAUGUAUAUGAGAUUUGGUAAAGAUCAUGAAGGUGGUGAAACAAAGAAAACCUAUAUCAGAUUUGGCAGAAAUAAUAAAGAAAAGAAGCAAUAUAUUCGGUUCGGUAGAAGUCAAUAG